AUGCCUGAACUCGGUGAAAAAUGCAAAAGAGCUUUUGGAGUAGUCAACAAGUAUGGGACGAAAAAGCUUAUGCACACGACCUCUUUGAUCGGACGUAAUGCUUCGAAUUCGCGAGCUCAGAUUACACCCUCUGACACCAACGAAAAUGAAUGGGCCAAUGUCGUUAAAAGUCCUUUCGUCAUGCGUAAAAGGAAGAGAACCGACGAACGUGCCAAGAAAUGGGCCGAGCUCUUACCUUUUCUCACUGAGGCGUAUAUCCAAAACUAUGGUGUCCAGGUCCCAGUACCUCAGUCACUAAAGGCCACCGACGACGUUUUCUUGACGUGCGCAUGCAAAGAGAAGAAGUCGACCUACGUCACGACUAUUUAUAAGUGUGGGAUUCACCCUGACAAGAUCACUUACUGCAAGAAUUGCCCCGAACAUUCGUUGCUAGCUGUCAUGAUGCGUCGUCAUCUCUUUCCUUUGACACCAUCCGAUCCGCAGCACGCCAUUCACAUUGAACAAAUGCGCAGUUUCCAUAACAUGCAUUACAUUUGCCGUGUCUCGAUCCAUGCAAUUGCUGAAUGGGCUCGAGCAGAGUAUCACUUCAAGCUCCCGAUACCUGCAUCGUUCAAGCAACGACUGACGGAAGCUCUCCCAAUUUAUGGGAGAUUAAUGCUCAAUCUGGAGAAGAAGCAUCGAGAUCUAUGUGACCUGGAUGACGCAUGUCCUACAUACAGAUAUGCGUCUGGUCCCAAGAUCAUAGCUGGAGAUGGAAACCAGUCGCUACGUCGGUUUGCUAAGACAAAGGAUCCAAAGGAAGUCGCCUUUGAAGGCUAA